UAACAUAUAUGAUAUAAGAGACGAAAUUGCGUUCGGGUGGAUUUCUCGGCUGCCGCCAAAGAAAUCUAUCGGAGUUCUGUCCUUUCUGCUUUGUUUUUCUAGCGAUCGUGGAGUCGGAAAGCGAGAGAGAGCGAGAAGGUUAGCAUUUGAGGGAUAGAGAGGCUCGUGUCUCCCCAGUUCCUCCACCUAACUCCCUCAGCUCAAGAUUCGACUCACCAACCCCACCCCCCGGGUUAUUAUACAAAGGGGCUUCGCUUCUAAAGAUUUGCACCGUUUGAGCAGCUCUGAUUUCCUGCUUCGAAUGUUUGAAUAUUGCUCCAAUCUUUCAGGAACUGUUUCCUAAUCAGGGAAAUAAGGUUCAUUGUUAGAAGUACUUAAAAACGUUGAUGUACUGAGAGUUAUGAGAUUUUCUUUUGUAUAUAGAGGUAAACGUAUCACUCUCUGCCAUAGACAGGUUGAAGUGCAAGUGUUUUGUUUAAGAGGCUAAAAUGCCAUCUACUUAUUUCUCGAGACUAAGAACCGCUGUCCGGAGAUCGAUUGUAGGGCAAGAAACUGGGCUCCGGGGCUCACUCGAUCUGGUAAUUGGGGACGGGAGUUUGUUGUUUCGCGGUUCGAGGGCCUUCCAUUCUUUAUCAUCCUCAACUCCUACGGAUCUGCAUGUAUUACGACCUGGAACUGUAUUUGCUGCAACAUCAGAGUUAGCUAGCCGAAGAAGGAAUAUCUCUGUUGUUGGAGCACUUUCACGCACGCUGCCUACUCCAUCUGUUUCUGGGCCUUCCUUUCAAAUCUGUGCUUAUCCUAUAGGUUGCACACUGGCCGAACCUGGGCACUUAAUGAUCAGCAGCAAGUUUCAGAAUACGCCCAUGGCUUCUUGUGGUUCCAGAGCUGUAUUUACUGGAUCUUCCUUAGAUAUUUUAACUUCCAGGCAAAAGCACCGUUUGUCAUGGACAAGUAACGCCAGUAUCUUCUAUAGCAACAGAAGUUUUGAGAGUUGCAGCAAAGCUAGCAUGAGUUUGAAAAACUAUGACAAACCGGACAAGAAUGUGAUUUAUGGAUAUUUCAUGUAUAAUGUGGCAAAGAGGUGGUGCAAUUCUCAAUCAUUCAAAGAGCCAAAUCAAAGAGAUUUUCAUGGCACAUCAUCCACACGUUUCUCUGCUGGGACUGCCUCUAAUGUGUCCUUUGAUAAUUCUGCUUGUGAGGAACAGCUUGAUAAUUCUACAGACUCAUCUGAACAGAAGACAUCAAUGGACAAAACCCUGAAACUAUUUUCAGGAUCAUGCUGUCUGCCUCAUCCUGAUAAAGAAGGAACUGGUGGGGAGGAUGCACACUUUAUUUUUGAUGAGCAAGCAAUAGGGGUGGCAGAUGGUGUUGGUGGCUGGGCAGAUCUUGGUGUUGAUUCUGGACUGUAUUCGCGGGAACUCAUGUCAUAUUCAGUAACUGCUGUUAAAGAGGAGCCAAAGGAUUCAAUUGAUCCUGCGAGGGUCUUGGAAAAAGCUCACUCAAGAACAAAAGCCAAGGGUUCUUCAACAGCAUGCAUCAUAGCACUCACAGAUGCGGGCAUUCACGCAAUUAAUUUAGGGGACAGUGGCUUUAUGGUAGUUCGAGAUGGGUGCACUGUCUUUCGAUCUCCUGUGCAGCAGCACGAUUUUAAUUUCACCUAUCAACUGGAAAGUGGAAUUAACGGUGAUUUACCUAGCUCUGGUCAGGUUUUUACAAUACCUGUUGCUCCGGGCGAUGCUAUAAUUGCUGGCACCGAUGGACUGUUUGACAAUUUGUACAAUAAUGAGAUUACUGCAGUUGUGGUUCAUGCCAUGAGAGCUGGCUUGGGGCCUCAGGUGACAGCUCAAAAGAUAGCAGCAUUGGCUCGCCAAAGAGCGCAGGAUAAAGACCGGCAGACACCUUUUGCCACUGCUGCUCAAGAUGCUGGAUUCCGCUAUUACGGUGGCAAGCUUGAUGAUAUCACUGUUGUUGUUUCGUAUAUCAAGAGUUCUAUCUCUGAAUGACUCUCUCUCUCUCUCUCUCUCUCUCUCUGUGAGCACGUUGUAUAUUCUCUUCUUUAUUUCAUUUCAAUUGCUGUUCAAGCCAGGUUUUUUGUAGAGUCAAAAAUUCUAUUGCGGUUAUAUAGGUGUAAACAGAAUAUCAAUUUUUGAUUUGAGCU